GCGUUGCCAUGGAGAGCGUUGCUGUGUGACGCUUGGUGAUAUCCAGGAAGACGCUGAGGCCCAGACCUCGUCCUAGUAAAAGGAGCGAGGAGCGAGAUGGACGAAAACUUUCCUCUUGGAGACACCGGAGCGGUGAAAAACGUUGUAAAGUCUGGACGAAGGGCUCGCCUUGCAGCAGACCAAUCAUCGCUUGAGGAUUCCCGCUAUGCAAGGAAAUCCUCCACCUCUGCUUCAAUGGGAGAAGCCCCGCCUCCUAAACCAGCACGGCGGCAGGGUGGUUGGGCAGAGGAAAGCUCUGGGUCCGGAUCUGCCAAAUCUUCACGCAGACCUGCAGCUGAGGAUCUGGAGGACCGCCGCCUGCAACCACAAACUCCCCAGGGAUCAGAUGAUGAAGGAGAUAUUCCAGUGAUUCCAGACCUUGAGGAAGUGCAGGAAGAAGACCUCACGAUGCAAGUUGCAGCUCCACCAAGCAUUCAGGUGAACCGGGUAAUGACCUACAGAGAUCUGGACAAUGAUCUGAAGUAUUACUCUGCCUUCCAGACCUUAGACGGAGAGAUCGACUUGAAGCUCCUCACCAAGGUUUUAGCGCCAGAGCAGGAGGUGAAAGAGGAUGAUGUGAGCUGGGACUGGGAUCAUCUGUUUACAGAGGUGUCCUCAGAGCUGCUGAUGGAAUGGGAUCAAGGAGAGAAUGAGGAGCAGGCUGCCUUGCCUGUAACAUGAGGAUGAGGAGGAGGAGGAGGUUUGGACUGGGACUUUAAAUGGCUCCAGUGGGAACUAGGUGAAUGUCCAUUACACAGAAGGGCCAGUGACUUUGGUUAUAUUAACUUUAAUUACAGUUUGUCGUCCAUGUUGUAUAUUGUGUAAAGUGUAAAGUGUGUGUGCAGCGUUUGCUGUCUUUUCUAAAUAAAGUUUGCCACAUAGCAACCCUGUCCGACCCUGA